AUGUCGUCCAAGAUAUUUCACCGCCAAUACUAUUUCGCCUUUGGCAGCAACAUGAGUUUGACACAAAUGGCAGAACGUUGUCCCGGAAGCACUUUCAUCGGGAAGGCCACACUGCGAGGAUAUAAAUGGCAAAUCAACCAGAGGCAUGUGGCGAACAUUGUCAAAAUCACCGAAGACUUUUCAAGUGUACCAGCCGGUCAGGCUGAUGUGGUCGAGGGUCUCGUGUUCUCCAUUACCGAUAAGGACCGUCGGACUCUAGAUCGCAAGGAAGGCAUCAAACUCGGUGCUUAUGAACGAGUCGUGCUGAAUGUUCUCCUGGAGCGACAUCCAAAUUUAGCCGAGAAAAAGACAGCGUUUGUUCGAGACAGGCUGCAAGAUGAGUCUAAUGCUAUCGAUCGACCGGCUAGUUACAAGGAGACACUUGUCGAGUCUCAACAAAAGUAUCUUGCAAUGCCCGAUGGCCCUAACAUUGGCAAAAAUGCAGCGGAUUUACAGCCCAAGCUGUCAGUCUUGUCCAAAAACCCGCCGUCCUCGGUAAGAAGUCCGGCAGCCGAGGUUGAAAUAAUUGAGGCGAUCACAUACCUGAGCACCAAGUAUGCUGAUAAUGGACUGAUACGACGCGAGUAUGUUCAAAGGAUGGAAAACGCAAUAAGCGACGCCGUGAAGCUCGACGUGUCGCGGAAUUUUGUGGAAAGGUGCCUCGAACCUUAUAUACAUGGAGAUGUGUAUCAACCGGAAGAGGACGUCCAAGAAAAACCCUCGACUUCCAAUCCGUCAGUCUCACAGACCGUCCUCGAAGAAAAGAAAAGGAAGGCAAACCGAGCUCAUCACACCAAGAAAAAAAACCACGGCCCAAACUCUAAGAAACAGCCUCUCCGAGGCGAAGAUAGAGAAAGCAAGAGAACCCACCCACAGAUAGGCGAGGGAGGGCAAGUCUCAAGAAAGGAGCAAGACAAAGGACCAGCCGGCUUUUGGUCUUCCAUGUCGUCGAUGUUUGGCUCUGGUCAGAGUCAAGGAAGCGCAAAAGCUCCCCAGGAUCGCUAA